AUGGAACUAAUUGCUGGUGAAGCCUUUUCUAUCAAAGCGAGGAGCCUCGAUGAGUUGGAAAUGACUGGUCUUAACGUGACACUUCCCGCUAAGAAUCCGAUCUUGUACAAGUAUCCUUUGUACACUGUCAUGGAUGACUCCUAUGUCAAUGUGUUUGAAACCGCCAAUGCACUUUCCAACAGCCUUGCAUCGAGCAGCUUUUCUUCAAUGGACGUCGAAGCUUCAAUUGGAGGAGGUCUUUUCGGCUAUAGUGCUUCCGCCAAGGGUGGGUUUAGCAAAAGUGAGACUGACGCCCUUGCUACCAGCGAACAAAGCAAGCACCGAACCAUGAACAUCACAUACAAUUUUCCGAGAGUGGUACUGCAUCUGGACAAUGACAGCUUGGAGCUGACCACGAGCUGCAGGACAGCCUUGGACAACAUCAAGAAGCUCAGAGAGGACUCAAAGGUAAAAAGCUGGCAAGAAAGAAAAGCUCUCAUUCAAUUUUAUCAGAAGUUUGGACACUUCUUUGCCACGAACGUAGAACUAGGUGGAAAGUUGUUUUCAAAGGAGGAUUUCACUUCAACGGACUCGGCAAAAACUGCAGAGAAGUCGAAUGCGAUGAAGAUCAGCGCUGCACUGUCUUUUUCUUCUCCAGUGGUUCAGGCCUCUGCUAGCUACAACCAGGAAAACCAGAGCAGUUCAGGAAGCGCCUCACAGACCAGCAACAUGAGCAAAACACUCUCUUGGGAGGCCGUUGGUGGUGAUACAACACUUUGCAACAAUCCUCCAGCCUGGAGCUCUACAGUCAAGCCCUUCAGGAACUGGAGAGUCAUUAGCCAAAAGGACGUCCUUGCAAUUGCGGACUUCAUCGGGACAUUCAAAGGGUAUGGUGAUAUUCCCGACAUAUUCAGAUUGAUCAGCAAUGAAUCCGCCCAAAAAACACCUUGCCGCUUCCUCCUCCAAGCGGAUCCUGGCCAGGAUGGAAACAUCAAAGGAACUCAGUACUAUGGCUUUCGUCAUGAUAAUAAUGAAACGAGAAAUGAGGGGCUAUUUGAUACGCUGCAGGACCAUUUACUGGCAGAUGCAACGGCACUAGACAGCUAUGGCCACGAGCACAUUAAGAAUCAUAUCAAGAAAGCCAAGAACAAGUUCAAAGGGGAAGGAUAUACAAAUGGCUGGCGUGAGUGGGUCGGAAUUGAUCCGCAAACCUCGCGCGCGAAGCAGGGUGGCUGUGUAUUUGAGCUCGACGUCGAGACACAGCUUGGGCGACCACCAAAGCUGGAAUACAACAAGCCGUAUAAGUUGUACAACAAGGCGAACGAUUCUUACUUGGCAGCAGACGUCACCGCAGAUGCGAGAAUUGGUGGCAGGACCAUUGGCCUUUUGUAUUACACCAGGUUCGCCAAAGAUAUUGGGACAUUUGUUUUCCUGAAUGCGAAUCAACCUCGUACUAAAGGCACGAUUGACGAGGGCGACAAUGUCGAACUCCACUUAUGCGACGACAAUGACGUUCCCAUCGGACAGGUGAAGCGUAAUAUCAACGACCAAUCAACGUUGGCCGUCGAAUUAUAUGUCUCCGAGAUGAAAUUCCUCUUCGUGACAAACAAUGCAUACAUGAGAUAUGAUGAGAGUGACUACUAG